UGGCGAUAGAACACAGUUAUUAACCUAACGUCACAACGUACUGAGGCGGUGGCUCGCUAACGGGGUUGGCAGCGUGACUGAAGUGCAUCUCGUAUCCACUCCUAUUUUCUUAUUCUUCGUGAACAUCUCCAAGUGACUUAAUGUGGAGACGUAGGAAAAAAAUUUUCGAAACCAGUUAGAAACGUAUGUGUUGUGGUGCUGAUGCAAUAUAGUGCUGUUGGCUCUUUGAAAAGUGUCAUCAGUCUCAUACAAAAACUUGUUAGUUCUCUUUCCGGUGUUGCUUCAAGUUCGACAAAUGGGGCCUACCGGGAAGAUGAUAAUUGUGUUCUUCUUCGUUGCCUUAGUGGUACUAGUGGUUGUCAUUGCAAGCACUUUGUCGGGGCCGGCAGAUCCAGGAAAAUGGAAUUCUACACAGCCAAACGGUACAGAAGAUCUGUCUAUGGGGGCCAUUGGCCUCGCUCCGAAUCGCGGUAGUACCGGAACCGGCGUCGACAAAACCGGAAAACUCAAGCCCAAAUGGGGGUGAUCGGGCAUUUCAGGAGUGUGGACAUACUUGCCCAAGUUUCCAGAAAUACAGCGUGUUCACUUAUGCAUGUGUGUGUUAUUUACGUUUAUUUUUCAUGAUCGUUCACUGAAUUUCUGUUUUCAUUUGAACUUGUUGAUUCCAAAGACCCAAGUCAUUAACCGGUUAUACUUUCAUCAUUUCCCACUGUUAAAUGUCAUCACACAAUUUUUCACUCAAUACAUCAUUUGUAAAUACUUGACAACGUUGGUGCACUCAUUUGAAUUUUAGAACGUCUGCAUUUUCAGUCAGUUAUUUUCUUUGAGCUCACGUUGGUGUCUGUUUAAUUGUACAAAUCGUAAAUGUAUCAAAGUAAUGUUUCUCGAUUAUGAAGAUGAAACCUUUCCCGAACAAUCAAUGGAAGAAAUCGUACCAAAGAGAGAUGUGAAUAUUCCGCAGUUGACGUGCAUGGGAAAAGUUAGUUUUGCGGAAGACUUAUUCCAUCCAGCUGGUUAUGUUUGCAGCAGAGAAUUUGACUCUGUGCUCAGUAAUCGAGAUCCCGCUCAUUGCUUGCAUGUUGAUGAGAAUGUGUGGCUCUUCAACAAGUGUUUCAUUUUUGAAGAAGCCUUUUUUAAUGAUCAUGUUUUACUUUUUACCCUCUUAAAAACAACAUAUGGGAGGAUUGAGUUCGCAGCGAAAGCAAAUCAAGUUAACUCUGUGGGCACCCCUCCCCUAGUUAUGAGACAAAACAUCUUGAAUUUCAUGUCUUAUUUGAGAGUAUAUGUGUACAGGUUUCUAUCUGAAUUUGGAAAAGAAGAUGAGCUUAUUUUGCUAUAUGAGAAGCUGACAGAUAUGAUCGAAGAUGCAUGUUUGUGGUUGACCUGUGUAAGUGACAUGCCAAGUGUAGUCUUUAGCAGCGGAUUGCUGAACAAUAACUCACCAGUAGCUGUAUUGUUUCACACCUAUUUUGACAUCAAAUGGUCUUUUCUUGAAAUAUCCUACAUGGCUUCAAAUUUGAGGAAGUACAGUGAAAAUUCAAGAAAAUCUCGGGAAAACUUUUUGGUUAUUUUGCAGCAGCUUGAAGAAAGCUUGUGUGGUGAUCUGCUGUAUCUGGCUAUCCGCAAAUUUCCGGAAGUGCCCCCUAAUGAUUGGUCAGGUACAGCCCCUUUCAGUUGUACUUGCAUCCGGGAGUUAUGGUACAUGCUACUGGUUAUUCUGAAAAGUGAAAAUUCCGUUUUCAGUGUUGUUCUGAAACAGUAUACGAACUUAUUGGAGACACAAGGGCAGGGAUGUGUUCAAAGUUUUAGCGAUACGAAAAGACUGAAAAUUCCAAGCAAAGAUCCAUUGGCUAUUUUGUGGCUGUUUGUCCACCUCUCUCGACUCAGUGGUUUCAGCCAGACUGGUAAUUGGGAUAGAAAUUUCUCUAGGAUGGAACCUAAUUACGAUGUGAUCAAUAAGUUAGUUCAGUUGUAUUUUACUGGUGCGGACGCAAUGGUUACUGAAGAUCGCUCAAAAGGACUCAUGGGCUGCUUGUAUUCCCUUUCGCACAUCUGGGGUUCCAACCUGAACUUGUGCAUUAUUCUGUGGGAAUACUUCAACAAAAAACUGGAUGAUAACUUCACUCACUCCUCUGCAUUUGAGCAAUUGCCUUAUUCUUCAAGUCUUUGCUGGUACGAAAAUUUAACAGCAAAUAUUGAACCGUGGAAGAACCUUACUGCUCGACAUAACAGUUAUUUUAUCUUCCUUCGAUUGUUGGGUCAUCACAUGGAGCUACUGAAUACAAAGAGCCAGGCUUCGCUAAAAGCAAGGCUUUAUGUGAAACUUCAAGGCAAGAAAAUCCAAGAAUUGAGCCUUAUGGGUCUGUAUCACAUGAUCAGUGCUUGCCUAACGAUUGUCCUCACCAGCGAAUCUUCCGAAGACAUGUGUUCAAAAAUCCUGGAAAUGUCAGCAAAUCACAAACAGAAAUUUAUUUUCUUCGUGGCGGAAAUGGUUGUACUCUUGAUCUGUGUUAAUCGGGGCCGUGAUUGCAAAGAAGUGGCUGCUUCUAUAUCGUCGCAACUGGAGAAGGUAUCGCAUUCUCUUAAAGACGGUGAUCUCAAAGUUCGCGAAGAGCAGCGCAAAUUCGGAACAGCUUUCAUUGAAAAUUUUCAAGAAGUCGUUUUCCAGAGCAAGAAUUUUUCGCUCGGGCAGAAAACACUAAUUGAUAAACCCCUCAGGAGCUAUUUAAAAAACUGUGGCAGCUGUGACCGAACCGCCGUACUCGACUCACUUUCUAACUUGUUAAGGAAGCUCCGUAACACACCAGAUACUUCCGAAGAAGUGUACGCAGCGGUAGUGACUCAUAUUUAUCCUUUAAUGAAAGAAAGAUUCACAUCUAUUGAGCAUCUGUCUUUCUUUGUCGAGCUCACAACUACCUCACUGGAGACCAGUAAACCCGAAUUCCAAAACAUUUUCACAUUUCUAUGCCUGGAUGAAAAAGUUAGCCCGAGAUUGAGUUUGAAAUACUUGUCGCAGUUGUUGGAAACCAGGCAGUUUCUGGUCAAUCUUUCAUUUUCUUUGAGUAAUUACCAAACAAUACUCAUACAGAGUUGGUUCCGGGUUUCAUUUCUUCUUCCCCCUGUUGAAGAUUUGAAGGACGACUUGGAUCGUCUGAAUAGUAUCGUAAAACGACUCCCACGUAUGGCUGAACUAGCCAUCCAAUCGAAAAUUCAGCCCAAUAGCAACGAGAUGAUUAUCGAUUUUUUGCUAAUGAUGUCAGCAAACCACCAAAAUAUUCAGAAUUACAGCGAGCGGGCCUCUGUACGAGAUUCAUACCUGCAAUAUAUCGGACCACUGGAUAAAUAUCUCACUAAUGUCUUUGUUGGAGGUCUGUGGGAUGCAGUUGAUCAGAUCGCGCACAUCGUGCGCCUAGGUGGGCAAAUGUACUUCCAAUGUGGCAAUAUCAUCUACACAAAGGGCAAAGUUGAUUGUUUACUGGCUCAGCUGAACAACGUCCUUAUAAUUCCUAUCAGUUUUUCUGAUGUAAACAAGGAGCUCCCCGCUGCGGCUAUUUCCCCGCUACAACAGUACCUUCCGUCGUAUAUUUUUGGGCUAUUCCGACUAAACCCGUCUCGUGAUCCGUACGUGAUGCGGUGCCUCAGCACAGUCUUCCAGACUUAUAUGACGCGGUUUCCGCUGAAUCAUUCCCAUCCUUUCACGCGAUGCUGGAUUGGCCUAGAAAGUGACCCCAUUUCCAACACGCUAGUGCCAAUCGUGAAGACUUGGUUUCUGCAGACCAUUGCAAGCAAUGUUCUGCCUCAGAAAGCAGCAAGGACGUCACCUUAUUUACAGCCGACUCUGCAUUGGUUAAAAUUUUUGAUAACCAACAAAGACUGGAAACUAGAAAUUCUUAAGGCAAUUUUACUGCCGAUCUUCGAACUCUCAUUGAUCCUGGAUGAGAUCGUUGGAAAGAAAAAUGUCACGGAUUUCUUGCAGUUUGCGGUUUCCACGCCCAACGCUGAACAAAUGGCGGUGAUGGAGCAAGCAUUGAACGAGCUCAUCGAGCGCCAUUUGGCAUUCAAUUCCAGCAAACUUUUUAAACUAAUGGAGGUCAUUUCCUUCCUGAACGCAGAUCUGGUAAGGCGAACACUUCCCAAACUCAGAGAGCAAGUGGCCGUCACAGAAUUGAAACGCGGAAUAGGCACGGAUUCGGUUCUUAGGCAACUUCUUGGAACUCUUGAACUCUCCCUGAGUUAGUCACGACAUAUUGAAUUGGUCGAUGCUGCUUUCAACAACAGUUCAUUCCCGGCAGUGAAGGCAUUCGCAUCUAGUUUAUACUCGUCCCGGCCGUAAAACAAAAUACCUGCAAGUGUUGUGAAGUGACCCAGAAGAGAGAAGGAAAAGCUGUAAAUUAUUAUUGUUUCGAUCAAGGAACUGUUUGAUUUGUUUUCCAUCAAUGACACAUCUUAACGAAAACAUGUCUUGAAGAUAAUAAUGGCACCGAGUGGGACGUGUCCAUUCAUAACUGUUGGUAAA